UAUGACACCAGUAUGGUCCGAGAGCCGAACCCGGGGUCGUCUGACAUCGCCACUUCUGCCAAGACGGGCGGAGACGGAGGCUCCUCGAUGGGCAACAAGGGAGGACAGGAGAAGAGGGUCCUGAUCUCUGAGAUCACCGCAUCCACGGCUCUGGUGAAAUUCAACUUUCAGAGGAAUAUUCCAGGGAUUCGGAUGUUCCAGGUCCAAUACAAUGGCACUUACGACGACUCGUUAGUGUACAGAAUGAUUCCUCCGACCAGUAAAAGCAUCACGGUCAAAAACCUGGCAGCAGGAACCACGUACGAUCUGUGCGUUCUGGCCAUUUACGACGACGCCAUGACCGCGCUCACGGCCACACGCGUGGUGGGCUGCGUUCACUUCUCCACCGAGCCGCAGUAUCUGCGCUGCCACUUCAUGCAGUCACAGUUCCUCGGCGGCACCAUCGUGGUCAUCAUCGGCGGCGUGAUCGUGGCGUCCGUCCUGGCCUUCAUCAUCUUCCUCAUCGUGCGCUACCGGCUGUGCCAGCAGGAGGGCGCGGAUAAAGGCCUGGAGCUGGGAGACGUGCGCUCACUGUCCGAGCAUCAGGUCUGCGGAAUUAUCAAGUCCAUGUCCAAGCAGGUUCUGGGUCCGGACGCGUGUCGGAAGGUGUCGCCGCAGAGCGAAUCUGUCGCGUCCCGAGCGUCCAAGCCGGUUCUUCCGGACUGCACCGUCACCACAUCCGCAGCCAGCCACAGCUGGCAUCCGGCGUCUCCCAGUCCGGUCCGUCCGGCGCGCACGGACACGCAAGUCGACGUAGAACCGGACAACACCAACAGGAACAACUCGGCCAAGGUGCGUCCCGCCGUACGCGCCUAUUCCACAAUAGUGACGCUGUCGUCGCGCAGAGCACUGCUCCAGAGCCUCCACAACUAUCAGACGAUCCCGGCGGGCUGCGUGCGCGCCAGUCGACGUCACUCGCUCAACGUAAACUCGUGCAAACAGCCGGCGUACGCGCAACCGCUGCGCUCCAAACGCAGCUUAUCCAUGAGCGGCGGCGAUAUUCCCCAGAUGGACUCGGGCGAGAUUCGCAAUGGGAGACCCUCGCUGUCCCAGUCCGAGUGGGUUCUGGAAAGCACAUUAUAAUGGAGGAUUUUGCACUUCACUUCUGUGGUUUUUAAUAGCGUUUCAGGCCACCGUACAUGUGUUAUAAUCUCAGACUGUCAAGUGUCAAGAUUUACGAAGAGGACAAUGUUUUUUAAGCACAAAUUAAAUACUGUUUCCUGCAUAUAGUAAAACAAUAUUACGACUUGUAUAUUUCUUUGUUUUAUGGAAUAAUACACAGACACUGCAUACAAACAUGUUAUGUUGUGUAAAAUAAAAUGUGAAAAUGAUACGCGUGUUCUUGUUCAGUAUGCCUCACAAUGCGUUGUUUGAUAAUAAAAGACGGAAAAGGCAGCGAAACGUCUGCGGCAAAAAUUGAAGAAUUGUGUGAAUGGAAUAUACUUUGGUGCGUACGCUUGAAAAAUUAUACAGGUUUUAUGAAGGUAUAUUUGAGACUUUAACACCUUUUU